AUGAAACCCCAUACUUCUCUUCUAAGCCUUUUGGCUGCGGUUGGGUAUUUUACUGACGUCGCGUACGCCUGCGUGGGUGGCAGCCAUUUGCAUAUGAGACCUGUUGGAGGCAGCAGCUCUUUGCGAAAGCGCGCAGAGACGGACUAUAUCGGUUGCGUCACUCCAGGACCUGUGACUUGUAAGCUCAUUGGCACUUGUCCCUACCCAAACGCUUCCGCUGGUCCUUGGGACGCGUCAGCCAAUGUGCGACAGAUGCAAGUCACCGACGAUGCCUACAACUCGCUGGACUUCUCCAGGUUCAACCACCGGGAGGACACAAUUGUAUACAUGCCGGGAGGGAGAGAGUUUAAUAUGGUGCAGCACGUCCAGGACCUGCAGAACACAUACGCAAGCUUCCCCAAUGUUGCUGUCACCAACCAUCCUUACAAGGUGGCUUUUGGGGAGGGCAAUUGGACUAUUACCAUGACCGACGUCACUGGGACCAACACCGGCCCAAUUCAAGCUCCAGAUGGAUGGCGAGGCCCGACCGGCCGCCAUGUCAACUACGAGUUCAUGACUGCGGCGUACUGGCAAGAAGGCAGAAUUGUCAUAGAGCAUCUCUGGAUGGACCUUGUUACCAUGGAACGUCAGAUGGGCUUCUUCCCGUCCACAGUCACUGAAGAGGGAACUCAGUCGCUUACCUUGAGCACUUAUACCAUACCCCUUGCGGUCAACGCAUCCGCCAACACAUCAGAAGCGAACAAGGAGUCUCACCAGAAGUUCGAGACGGGUUUGAACAACGGUCAAUUUAAUUCUGAGAGCCUUAUGCUUUCCCCGAACGUCACGAUCUUCACCUCGCGCGAGAACACUCCCAACGGACUCAACAGCGACCAGUUCUUUGCACUCGUCAGCCAGCUUCAGAAGUCGUUCUCGAACGUCCGCUUGUCUCCUCACGUGAUUUUCGGAUCUGGAGAUUGGACUGCGUCAGUGGCUCGGCUCAGCGGCAACCUCACGAAUGCCUUGGCAGUUCCAGAUUACAUCUCCCCGACUUCAAUCGCUGCAACCAAUCAAGGCUUUGAGUCUUGGUUCUACACGAUUGCACGAUGGCAGGAUGGCAAGAUCACCCACUUGAAGUUCAUGGCCGACGUGCUCGGCAUUCUCAGUCAAGUUCAGUAG